UUUUUUUUUUAAUUCUGUGCCACUUGUAAAUAUUACUAUCUUGUAUAUAUAUAAUAUAUAUGGAUCCUCUAUUCUUGGGUUUGGAUCCACUCUUUCGGUGUCGAAUCAAGUUGUUUAUCAAAGAUGUUUUAGAUCUCAUUCAAAUACCUGAAUACAAUGACAUAUAUUAUUUUAUUGGUCAUCCUAUAUGUGAAGUAGAAAUAUGUGGUGUUAUAGUUGCAGUUGAACAAACUCAUACCAUGCUGACAUACUUCGUUGACGAUGGUAGUGGUGUUGUGCCUUGUUACUGGUGGAAAGAUAUUAUAGAUAUAGAGGAAACAAUUUUACUAGGAACAUGUGUGCUUGUACAAGGACAGGUUUCUAGUUUCAAAGGCGGCAGACAAAUAAAGAUACAGGAUUUGGCUAUCGUAAACAAUCCAAACACUGAAGUUCUUCAUUAUCUUGAGGUCAUGACUUUAAGACGUGGUCAAUACAAGACUCCCUUCAUUAUACCCGACAAUAUCAAACAACAACGAGCAAAAUUAGAAAUGGAAGUCAAUAGUAGUAAAACUCCAGAGGCACUCACUUCGAGUCAGGUUACUCGACCAGAACCUCAGCAACGUUUUCAGGAAAGUUUGCUUGCUCAUGUAAAAAGAACAUACGAUACAACAAAGACAUUCACCAUACAACAUUUGCAAUAUAAUAUUCAACUUGGCAACUCAGCAACUCGUAUUCUACGGAACCAACUUGGUACAGAGCCAACAAUGCAACAACUUAAGCAAUUUUUUUCAACGACUUGCUCUACCUUGGAAAAGGAAGGUUAUUUUAUCAAGGGUCAAUAUAUUGAUAGUUAUAGUCUAUUUGAUAUACGCGAAUUGGAGACAGCUAUUGAACAAGUCAUUCGGAAUGCACUCGAGUUGGAUACUGCAGGCACUCUUUGUGGCGUUCGACACAAUUAUAUAUGUAUGAAGAUACAACAUGAUUAUCGUCAGCUGUCAAAAGCAACUAUAGAAAACUGUAUUGAGAGCAUGGUUCGACAAAGCAUUCUUUAUAUGACUGAUCCUGGAACUCCCUUACGGAAUCGAUAUCAAAAAGGAACUAGUGGAUAUAUGUUAUUGGAAGAUUAGUCACAUCCCCUUUCCCAACAUCUUUUUCUUUUUGUAUGGUCUUUUUUUUUUUUUUUUUGUGUAUA